AUGACGAAAAGCCUUCCACGAAAAUUCAACGCCGCCAAGAGUCGAGCAGCAGCGAAGAUGAAGUUUCGGAACGCCACAGUUCUCAGAAGCAAAAGCGCCAUGAGGAUUCAAUCAGAAAAAAAGGGAGUUCGUGUUGAGCAGAAGCAGCGCCGACGACAUGACUCUAGCAGUGACGAAGAACCGGAACCGAAGCGUCGAUCCAGUCCAGAACAACGUCGCCGUCGACACGAUUCGAGUAAUGAUGAAGGGAAACUAGACAAGGAAUAUCCGCGUAAAAAAGUAGAUAGCCAAGAAAGAGGUGGAAAACGAGACUCAAACAAGGAUCGAGACAAAAAAUUACAACGAAGAAGGGGAGAUAGCUCGGAAAAUCGCCGUCGAGAUUCAAGCAGUGACGACUCAUCACUUUCAUCCGAAGAGCCUGAACGAAAAAAGAAAUCGCCGACAAAAAGACGCCAUGAAAGUUCGAGCAGUGAUGAAGAUACUUCCAAGUCACGCGAAAACGAGAAGAGCCGUCAUAGUGACCGUAGAGAAAAGGAGCGAAAGGAUGAUCGCGAUGAGCGAAACCGACGCAUGACUCUUCCUCUCCGUCACCAAGAAGAGAACGUCGUCGUUCACGUACAAGAUCGCGAUCGCCGCGUGACAGGAGGCGAUGAUACCAUGGAUGCCAAUCGUUCCUCGAUGUAUAAUACCUCUGUGAUUGUCGUUUAG